GGUUGAGUAGGUAUGAUACACCUAGUUGAUGUAGACACAAAGAAAACACCUUUACAAAUCCCAUUCAUACCUAAAUGUGAAGAGGACAGGUAGAUAGCCAAUUAGCAAGUAACGAUUCGUCCCACUUGCGGGGUUUAAGCCAGACGGGGUGAAAGAUCAACUAGCGUUGUGUAUGGCAAAUCACGCUUAGUCAGUCGACCCAAUCCACUUGGACUAAGUUACGCAUGGACAGACAAACCUACAACCGGUGCAGCAUGACGGUCAGAAUCGCGUGCUUUGCAAUACCAUUGUUGGUUCUGUUCGGCGUUUAUCUCUUCGGAGUGACUGAAGCAUCGACGAACCCCGCUGAACCUUCCGUUGAAGCAGUUAGGCGCGUAAUCGUCGACGUCGAUACCGGGCCGGAUGACGCGUGGGCUUUGUUCCAUCUCUUGAGUAGCCCAGGCGUACGCGUAGAGGCCAUCAUCUGCGUGCAGGGCAAUACCAACGUGACUAACGUAGGGCGAAAUGUCCUGAGGGUGCUGACUGCACUGGGGAAAGAAAAUGAGAUUCCAGUAUAUCUUGGAUCGAACGAACAACUGAUUACCCCGGGACCCAAGUCCGACAGUGGCUACUUCGGAUCGGAUGGGUUCUCCGAUAUCGAUUUCCCAGAUCUGCCAGAACCCGAUAUGUCCCUUCUGAGAUCCUCGCCACUCAACGAACUGAACAAGCUCACAGAACAACACCCCCGCGAGAUAACCUUCAUCCAGUUGGGACCCCUCACAAACCUGGCCUUGUUGUUCAAGGUGUUCCCCGAAUCUCGGCACCGCAUUCGGGAGGUGUUCAUAAUGGGUGGCAAUCGCCACGGAGUCGGCAACACGGAAAAGGCUGCCGAGUUCAACUUCUACAGCGAUCCCGAGGCGGCGCACAUUGUGAUCAACAACUUUGGCGGGAACAUUACGAUUCUACCGUGGGAGACGGCUUCACGAGAGAAUUUGAUCACGAAUCAGACGUGGCGGUUCGAAGUGCUGGGAAGCGCUGCCCAUCCCCUGGUGCAGAUGCUCAAUCCGGUGGAGCGGAAACCGCUUGGCGAUAAUGAUAGCUGGAUGCCUUGCGAUUUACUGGUGGCAAUGGCGUUCACCCAUCCGUAUCUGGUGACCGAAACGAAACGCUACCGAGCCGAUGUCGAACUGUACGGCUGGUUGACCCGAGGUCAACUGGUGUUGGACCACAUGAACGAAGGGCAGGGCAGCGUGACCAUCGUGGACAACAUGAAUCGCGAAAAGAUUCUGCAGAUGUUGCUGGAAAUGGUUAACUGAUUUUGGAAUGGGUGUAGGUGGCACUGUAAAACACGAGAAACAGUUACAAAGUAUGCUGUUGUAAUGUUUAAAAAGUUUGUGCAUAAAUAAGCCACAUGUGACUCAGAUAUAGUUGAACAAUUUUAUAUUAAAAGGAUCUAUUACAAAUUUAA